GUUGGGGAGUUCUUCGCCAUGUUUGUGUUCGUGUUUAUCGGAUGCUGCAUCACGGCACAGGCUAUAUUCCGGAUGCCCCAUAGUGAGGGGAGCAUGGACAUUACUAUAUGCUUCGGAUGGGGCUGCGCCCUUGUCUUGGCUGUGGCUAUUGGCGCGGGCACAUCGGGUGCUCACCUCAAUCCCGCUAUCACCAUCGGCAAAGCUGUAUUCGGCCAUUAUCCGUGGAAACGCGUCCCCAGCAUGGUAUUCGCCCAGACGCUAGGGUCAUUCAUUGGUGCUCUAUUCACCUGGCUCUAUUACUACCCAAUGUGGGACUUGGUUAACCCAGGCCAUCGCCAGAGCGUUGGCAAAGCACCGACAGCAGAGAUCUUCGUCAUCCAGCCAUCCAAGUCGGGGAUAUAUACUAACACAAACCUGUUCUUCAACGAGGCGAUGAUGACAUUCUGCAUGCUGUUUGCUGUGCAUUUCGUUGCUGACAAGCGCAUGACAAUGUCCGCUACCACUGCCCCGGUCCUACUUGGGCUAAUGCUGACUGCUAUUUUGUUGGCUGGUAGCCAGGUUAGCGCCAUCGGGAUCAACUCGGCGCGCGACUUUGGCCCCCGCCUGUUCAUUGUGAUGGCUGGCUGGCAUGAUACGUUCAAGGUCUACAACUACUACUUCUAUGUCCCACUCAUCUCGCCGAUUGUCGGUGGUAUU